AUUCCGGUCACUGGCAUCCAUAAACGGCAUUUAUUCCGGGUCUCUGGUGACUUGAUUGCUAGAGCAUACCAAUCCGUACGAUAGUCGAUGCAGGAGUAUCAAACCAGACAUUGGAAGCGGCUCGACUUCCUCAGCACUAGAGCCAAAGCGUAUCAAGAUAUUCGCUACAUGUCUUGGGCCUCGCGGAUCUCUCGUCCGAUCCAUGAUAGCCCUUCUCCCGACAUAAGCCAUCCGUGGCAGUCUACCGAGGAUGGCAAAAUCCGGAUGAAAGACAUACUCUGUAACAUCGUUACAUUUUUACUGUUUUUUAUACUAGCUUCUCGCGCUACCAAAUUGAUAUCUGGGAUCGCUACUGGCGAUAUCAUAUUCGCUUUUCCCCGCAUAGUGCAGAUAAUCAUACAUUUGGUAUCAUACAUGCUAAUAUAGACAUCGAAAGCCCGUGUAGGUCUGUCCUAGUAAUGCUGACGCUCCGUAACGUGAACAUUAUCGAACCGAACCGGGGAGGUAGCUAUGCCCCCUUCCAGCUCCCAGUUAUGGAAGUCAUGCUUGGUCCAAGG